AUGGAGAAUUUGCCUUCGGGUGAUAUACAGGCUAAAUAUCAAAAAUUGGCAGCUGAAUAUUCUAAGUUGAGGGUUCACGUGAAAGUUUUAAAGAAGGGGGUCUUAGAUGAACAAGCAAAAUCAAAUGAAUUGCGGGAAUUGCUGAAAGACAAAGAAAAGACUCUACGAAAAGGAGAAUUAGAGAUAGACUCCUUAACGUUUAGAAAUCAGCAGUUGACGCGGCGCGUUUCCGUCCUUCAAGAUGAACUUGAUGCUUUGCAGAAUAAGUUGACUAAGAAAACAAAAAGUAAAACUGAUGAAAGAAAAGCUACCACCAGUAAUACACCAUCACUAGACCCAGGUCUAUUGCAAGAAGAAUUACAGAAGAAAAUAAUAGAAAAUGCUCAAUAUGCAUCCCAGCUUUCAGAUAAAACAUUUGAAGUUUCACAACUUCAAGCCUCUGUUGAAGACUACCAGAGACAUAUAUGUGAAAGUGAAAGUAAAUACAAAUGUGAAAUUGCUAAGUUAAAGAAUAAAAACCAAGAGCUUCAUUUUGCAUUAGAAGAAGCUCAAAAGCUUGGAGUAUCUAAGCCUCAUGCGAGCAGCCAAGCUGCUAGCUGCAAUGGAGAUUUCAUCUCGGAAGCUGGCAGUCUGGUUGGUAGUGAAGAUGCCCUUAGUUCUGUAGAUGAUUUGAAUAUAAAUGAGCAGCCCAGUACUAAGGUACACACAUUAGAAAAGGAAAACCAAAAGCUUCGUUUGGAGUAUGAAUUGCUAGAAAUGGAGAAUGAAAGUCUAAAACUAGAACUUCGUAGUUAUCUAUCGGAUUCACAAAAGAAAAGAGGGGAAACUCUUGACUCUGGUGAUUUUAACUCCUUUAGUGAAACUUCUGUGGACGCUGCGGGGCGCGUGUCGGGGCUGCUGGGCGCGCUGACGCCGCCUAUCGGCGCAGGGGAGGGCGCUGGGGAGGCGGCGCAGCGCGAGCGCCGCGUGCGCGCGCACUACCGCGCGCUGCUGGCCGCGCGCGCCGCGCAGCGCGACGCCGCCACCAGCGAGCUCAGGCACUACGUCAAGGAGUGCGAGAUGCUGCAACAACGUUUCGAGGAGAUGGAGCGCGAGAAGGAGGCGUACGAGCGCGCGCUGCAGGAGAAGCACGACACCAUCAGCAGGCUGGAGGAGGAGCUGCAGUCGACGUGCCGCAACUACGAGCAGCAGCUGCGCGCGCUCACGGAGCACGCGGCGGCGCUGCACGCGCGCCCGCGCGGCAAG